CUUUGCCAAGCCGCCAAAGUGGAGAGUGUCGUCGCACCAGGGGGACCUUCUCGUUUCAGUGUAGGGGGAGGAGGUGGGGGUGCACCUCAGCACUAUCCCAAGACUGUCUGCAACAGCGAGUUCCUGGGGAAAACCCCAGGUCCUGGCGUUCAGAGAUGGAUUCCUUCACGAAGCACUAGACGAGAUGUCAAUUCCUCCAACGAGAAAGGACAAAAUGAUGCAAUCUUCAGGAAAGUAAGAGGCAUACUUAAUAAGCUGACCCCUGAAAAGUUUGACAAACUGUGCCUGGAGCUCCUCAAUGUGGGUUUGGAUUCAAAACUUGUCCUAAAAGGAGUCGUCUUGUUGAUUGUUGACAAGGCCCUUGAAGAACCCAAGUACAGCCAGCUUUAUGCACAACUAUGUCUCCGCCUGGCAGAGGAUGCACCAAACUUUGAAGGCCCAUCAGCAGAAAGUCAAGCAAUUCAAAAGCAAAAUACUACCUUUAGAAAGCUUCUGAUCUCUAAACUUCAAGAUGAAUUCGAAAACCGUGCCAAGAAUGUUGAUGUCUUUGACAAACAUGACAACCCGCUCACCUCUGAAGAGGAGGAGCAGCGUGCUAUUGCAAAGAUCAAGAUGCUGGGUAACAUCAAAUUCAUCGGUGAACUUGGCAAACUCAAUCUUAUCCACGAAUCCAUUCUUCACAGAUGUAUUAAAACACUUUUGGAGAAGAAGAAGAGAGUCCAACUUAAGGAUAUGGGUGAAGAUUUGGAAUGCCUCUGUCAAAUAAUGAAAACUGUGGGACCUAAAAUUGAUCAUGCAAAGGCUAAGUCCCUGAUUGAUCAGUACUUUGGACGCAUGCAAUCCUUAAUGAACAACAAGGACUUGCCAGCAAGGAUUCGCUUCCUGUUGCAGAACAUGGUGGAGCUGCGAGAAAACAACUGGGUUCCUCGCAAAGCUUAUGUGGACAACGGGCCAAAAACCAUUCACCAAGUUCGCCAGGAUGCCGUAAAGGAUUUGGGUGUAUUCAUUCCACCAUCCAAUGAUGUGAUGAGGAAUGACUUCUUCACAGACCAUAACUCCUUCCUGCCAUCAAGGAGAGUUGAAAGAGAGCCUCUCGGUGGGCUUGCUGACAUGUUUGGACAACUGCCUGGGAUUGGCAUUGGAACUGGUCCAGGAGUGAUUCAAGACCAUUACUCCCCCACCAUGGGUCGUCAUCGUGCAAGCCCACUGUUCAACGGCCAUAUGGGAAAUGGCAACGCUUCACACCAGCCUCAAUUUGAACCAGGAAGCAAGCCAUUCAUAAAGCCAAAUCAGGGGCAGAAUUCACCAGUUUUCAGCCAUAAACAGAAUCACUCAGCACAAGUACAGUCAAAGGAUGUGGGUCCAAGGUUCAGCAAGAAAGGAAAACUCAAUGCUGAUGAGAUCAGUCUGAGGCCAGCUCAGUCCUUCAUCAUGAAUAAAAACCAAGUGCCAAAGCUGCAGCCACAGAUGACUUUGAUGCCUCAAACUGGUUCUCCAAUCGGACAGCUUGGCCUCAAAAGUAAUCCUCCUCCAAUCCAGGAAAAGCCAGCAAAGUCCAACAAAAAGGCUCCACCAACUAAGGAAGAGUUGCACAAAAUGACGGAUACGCUUAUGGCAAACUAUCUGAAUGGGAAAGACAUCGAGGAGGCUGUAAGCGCUGCAAAGGAGAUGAAGGCGCCCAAGUACUUCUUAUCUGAGAUGCUGAACAAGAUGAUCGUGUUCACACUGGAGCGGUCGGACGAAGACAAGGAAAAUGCGAGCAAACUGAUCCAUGCUCUCUCCACUGAGGGAGUCGUCAGCCGUGAAAGCCUUCUGCCUGCCUUCUUGCGUGUUCUGGACCAGAGCGCUAAGAUCGAGGAAGAAAUCCCUCUGGUGAAAUCCUACCUGGCCCAGUUUGCUGCUCGAGCUGUAAUCGCUGAUCUGGUCAGCAUUGACGACUUGGCUCAUCAGCUGGAGAAUGGUACCCACUUCCCCCUCUUCCUGCUGUGCCUGCAGCAGAUGGUCAAACUGAAGGACAAAGACUGGCUGGGCGACCUGUUCCAGCAGAGCAAGGUCAACAUGCAGAAGAUGCUACCUGAAAUUGACCAGAACAAGGACAGGAUGUUGGAGAUUUUAGAGGGCAAAGGUCUUGGCUUUCUGUUCCCACUGAUGAAACUGGAGAAGGAGCUGCUGAAGCAGAUCAAAGUGGAUCCGUCACCACAGUCAAUCUACAAGUGGAUCAAAGACAACAUCUCACCCAAACUUCACACCGAUAAGGGCUUUGUCAACAUCCUUGUGACCAGUCUUCUGCAGUACAUUGCUUAUGAGAUCAACCCAGACGACGACGAGGAGCAGCUCGCAUCACCCAGCAAGGAGCAGCUGGAUGAGGAGAAGCAGCUGCUGCUCUCCUUCAAGCCAGUCCUGCAGAAGUUCCUCCAUGAUCACAUUAACCUGCAAGUCAGUGCGCUGUACGCCCUGCAAGUCCACUGUAACACCAAGAGUUUCCCCAAAGGCAUGUUGCUGCGCUACUUUGUGAACUUUUACGACAUGGAAAUAGUUGAAGAAGAAGCCUUCCUCUCAUGGAAAGAAGACAUCACAGAGGAGUAUCCUGGAAAGGGGAAAGCUUUAUUUCAGGUGAACCAAUGGCUGACCUGGCUGGAGACGGCUGAAGAGGAAGAGUCGGAGGAUGAAGAUUACUGAGCGAGAUCAGCCAAAGCCAUGUGUUAUUAGAAAGCAACGAGUUGAAUUUUUUUUUUUCUUCUUCCUUGUUUUGCCCCUUUCUUUUUUGUUUAGUUGCAAUUGUUACAACUCAUUCACAAAAUGCUUCGCCAAAUCCAACUGGCUUCAUCUUGCUUUAUGCACUUCCUAGAGCUUCUGUCUUGUUCCAUGUCUCACAGCAAGGGUUGGUGCAUUUCAGUCAUCUUGGGAAUCAGGAGUAGGCAGUGAUUUAAGGAAAACGUAUCGUUUGACCUACUCUGUUACCCUUUUUGUUUCUAGUCGGAGUAACGAGUGCAACUUCCUUAAACUGUUUACAAAGACCAAGAUUUGUCCUCGUUUUAUCUGCAUUUAUAAUUCAGAUUUUUGAUGCACUUUGCUUAACAUCAUGAGUUGUUGCAAUAGUGAAAUUCUUGAUUAUUUGCUUCAGUUUAAUAAAGGGCCUUAUUUAGCUUAAAUUUUCUAAAGGAAAUCUUAAUCUGUAAUGAACAGAUGUGGUCAAGCUUACUUGCACAUUAUGAUCUCUUCACAUCUAGCUGAAUAAAUCAAGAUCUUUUUAAUGUAUGAAACGUUUCUUUCCUAGAAUAAAUCAGUGUGGCCUUUUUAAUUUAUCACUUCGUAUAGAUAUACCUCUAAAGUGUCUGACUAUACUUGAAUGUCCUAAUUUUUGACAUUUGUACAGCUAGAGCAGACGUAACUAUGCUGCCGCUGUUAACCACUUGUAAAAACAUCUGUUUGCAAUAUUUUUAAAGGGUCUUUUUAUCAUGAAAUUGGGAAUGUGCUGUAUGUGUACACCUGCGCCUUUAAAUGUAAUAAGUGCUCGAAGUUCAGUGUACAACUACGGAUCAAUCUUGAAUAAAGUUGGACUGUUUAA